CAUGGUCUCACUUACAGUCGGAGAUUCUUGUACCUCGAAUUCUAUUGGCUUGCAUUAGCUGCGUGUUCGUUCAUCUGGCCACUGAUUUUUGUCGCUGUGACGGCGAGUUUUCCGGCAACUGUCUGUCCUGCUUUGCAAAGUGGUGAUCCCCCCUUGAACGAUCUAACCCAACUGCGCAAAAAAUAUGAUCACCGAAGAUGAGUAUGAAGAAGAAACUGUUUAUUUAGAACUCGAUCUAGGCAGCAGUAUCAGCGCUGAAACCGUUGAAGCCGCGGUACAAAGUGGCGAGCCAUGUGCACUCAUUGGCAUUGAUAGCGACACUCCAUAUUUUCAGCUUGGACCGUAUAUAUUCGCGGGCGACUUUGACGAGACGGUCGGGACCCACCUCCUGUUCGAAAUAACAGAAAAGCAACGGGAUGCGACAGGUUUUUUGCCUUUGCUUAGUUCCAUGCGGUCGGAGAAUACCGAGACGACGAAAACCACACGCUUCACAACCACCUUGCAGCAUGCCGUGAACAAAGUUAUCAAGUUUCAACGAGUGGAAUUAACCAAGAAAACGCAAACAACUUCAUCAGUCCGAAACGAGAAGGAGACAGUUGCUGAUGUUGAGACUAAUGACCAUAUUCUCGAUGACUUGCAGUAAUGUCGGGUGGCUUUUACCUCUUUUUCCUCUCUUUCCUCUCUUUCCUCCUUCAUCUAUUUUGUACAUACAGUUCGUUUUUUUUUUUAUUCGUUUCAUCGCACUGCAUCUGUAACUACCCCUACGAGUUUCUUGUUUGCUACGAGGAACAGGCGGUUUCCU